CUGGAUUGCCUUCUGACCAUUUUCCCGUGGUUUUCGAAGUUAAUGCUUCGCUAAAAUUAAAAGAUUCCCCCAAAAGACUCUGCUACGAUCUUAAAAAUGCAGAUUCCACAUCUUUAAAUAACGUGUUGUCUUUGUUACCACUCAGCGCUGGGGUUGAAUCAAUAAAUUCUCAAGCCAUACUAGACAAUGCAUGGAGAUUAUGGUGUUCUUUAGUCUUAACUGCUGUUGACUCGCACAUUUCAAAAUUUUUAUCAAAAGGUAAAAAUCGACCACCCUGGAUAAAGAAAGAUCUCGCAAAUGAAAUUGAGAAGAAAAAGACUUUGUGGAAACGUGUAAGAAAUUCUACAAGUAAAAGCCUUAAAGAAAAGUUUAGGAAAAUGAGACAGUCGAUAAAAAACUGGAUUCGUCGUGAAAGAAGGGCUUAUUUAAUUGAUAUUGCAAAUCAAGCUACCACUAAUCCAAAACGCUUUUGGUCUUUUUAUUCAUUUAAGAAUAAAAAGAAACCUAUUCCAGACAAAAUAAACUAUAAGGGCGUUUCGUUGACGGAUGACAGUGUUCGAGCUGAGGCAUUUAAUGACUAUUUCAAAUCAAUUUAUAAAGAACAUUCAAAUUGUUUAUUCCCGUUCACUGAUCCUGCAAUCUCUGGUGACCCUAGCAAGCUAGAACUAAUUCAAACAUCAAACGUAGAGGUUUUGCUUAUCCUAAAUUCAUUAGAUACUUCUAAAGCCACUGGACCUGAUAACUUGUCUACAGCAAUUCUAAAAAACUGUGCAGAAUCAUUGAGUCCCUCGUUGACGGUUUUCAUAAAUACUUCACUAAAAACAGGCCUUAUUAUAUCAGAUUGGAAACGAGCAAAUGUUCCUCCAGUUGACAAAAAAGGCCCUCAUGUGGACGUGACUAAUUUUAGACCUAUAUCACUUCUAUCUAUUGUUUCGAAAAUUCAAGAAAAGUGUGUUGUUCGUGUUUUCCUUCCCUUUGUGAUAAAAAAGAAUCCACUCCAUGCAGUAUGGCUUUCAACCAGGGUCAUCAUGUGCUAGCCAAUUACUUGAAGUUUUGCAUAAGAUAGCAAAAUCACUCGAGAAAGGUUCUGAAGUGGACAUUGUAUAUCUAGAUUUCUCGAAAGCUUUCGACUCUGUCUGUUAUGCUAAGCUCCUCUGGAAGUUACAAAAUACAGGUAUUGAUGGAUCUCUGUUGCACUGGUUUGGAAACUACCUUAUUGGACGGCAACAACGUGUAGUGGUAAAUGGUUCCUAUUGUUCCUGGGCUGAUGUUAGGUCUGGUGUCCCUCAGGGAUCGGUCUUCGGGCCCAUGUUGUUUCUUCUUUAUGUGAAUGACUUGCCUGAGGUGGCUGAAAACUCAGAUUUUGCCAUGUUUGCAGACGAUUCAAAGUGUUUUAAAUCUAUUACAUCUGUUCAAGACUGUUUUGAUCUUCAAUCUGAUUUGAAUAAAAUAUGUUGCUGGUCUCGCGAAAACGAAUUGGAUUUCCAACCGAAAAAAGUGAAUUUCUGA